AUGGAACCCCAACAUCAAGCCCUUGCCAGCCGCACCCUGGCCCACUACACGUCUCUCAACUCCACCAACCCAGGAUCACGCCUCCUCAUAGCUGUUGCUGGCCCACCAGGAUCAGGCAAAACCACAUCCACCACAGCCAUAGCCCGUAUCCUGAAUACCCGCAUGAAGCAGUCCCCGCCUCUCGCAGCCGUCAUCUCUAUGGACGGGUUCCACUAUCCGCGGUCCUACCUCGAUACACUGCCCAAUGCUGCAGAGGCUUAUGUCCGGAGAGGCGCACCGUGGACUUUCGAUGCAGAGGGCAUCGUGCGACUCAUUUCACGGUCUCGUGGCGUGGCUGCCUCUGGAAAGGGGGAAGUGAUGAUUGCGCCAACGUUUGAUCACGCUCUGAAAGACCCCAUAGAUGAUGGAUUGAUCAUAGAACCGGAGACGAGGAUUUUGAUCUUUGAGGGCAACUAUCUACUAGUGGAUGAGGAGCCUUGGUCGAGGAUCAGGGAGCUGGUCGAUGAACGGUGGUGGGUCAGUGUGGGCGCAGAGGAGGCGAGGAUGAGAGUUGCGAGGAGACAUGUAGCGGCGGGGAUUGAGAGGAACAUGGUAGAUGCAUUAAAAAGGGUCGAUGCGAAUGACAGCUUGAAUGGGGUUUACAUUACGGAGCACAGUCGAGAUGCGGAUGUUGUCAUUAAGAACAUUGAGGAGAAGGUAUGA